CUUAUCCUUCAGUUUUCCCUCCUCUUCCCCAUUACUCCUUCAUCCCAGCUUCUGUCAUUUUCUCCUUCAUACUCAUUUCAUUUCUAUACAUCUCACAAUGGCCACCUACGCUCUGUCAGAUGCCCACCGGGCUCAAAUGGAGGACCGCCUCGUCGACACUGACCCCGAGGUCGCUAAGAUCAUGGAGAAUGAGAUCCAACGUCAGCGUGAAUCUGUUGUCUUGAUUGCUUCGGAGAACUUCACUUCCCGCGCUGUCUUCGAUGCUCUUGGUUCUCCCAUGUGCAACAAGUAUUCCGAGGGUUACCCCGGUGCUCGUUACUAUGGUGGAAACCAGCACAUUGACGCUAUCGAGCUGCUCUGCCAGUCCCGUGCCCUUAAGGCAUUCAACCUCGACGCCGAUAAGUGGGGUGUCAACGUUCAGUGCCUUAGUGGCAGCCCGGCCAAUUUGCAGGUCUACCAGGCUCUCAUGCGCCCCCAUGACCGUCUCAUGGGUCUCGACCUUCCCCACGGUGGUCACCUGAGCCACGGUUAUCAGACUCCUUCCAGGAAGAUCUCUGCUGUGUCUACUUACUUCGAGACCUUCCCUUACCGCGUUAACCUCGAGACCGGUAUUAUUGACUACGACACCCUUGAAGCCAACGCUGAGCUGUACCGCCCCAAGAUUUUGGUUGCCGGUACCUCUGCCUACUGCCGUCUGAUCGACUAUGCCCGCAUGCGCAAGAUCGCUGACAAGGUUGGCGCCUACCUUGUUGUUGACAUGGCCCACAUCUCCGGUCUGAUUGCUGCUGGUGUCAUCCCCUCUCCUUUCGAGUACGCCGAUGUAGUCACCACUACCACUCACAAGUCUCUCCGCGGUCCCCGUGGUGCCAUGAUUUUCUUCCGCAAGGGCGUCCGCAGCACUGACCCCAAGACUGGUAAGGACAUCAUGUAUGACCUCGAGGGUCCCAUCAACUUCUCCGUCUUCCCUGGUCACCAGGGUGGUCCCCACAACCACACCAUCACUGCUCUCUCUGUCGCCCUCAAGUACGCCGCUACCACCGAGUUCAAGCAGUACCAGGAGCAGGUGAUCAAGAACGCCAAGGCCCUUGAGAACGAAUUCAAGGCCAUUGGCCACAAGCUCGUCUCCGACGGUACCGACAGCCACAUGGUACUCGUGGAUCUCCGCCCCAAGUCUCUCGACGGUGCCCGUGUCGAAGCCGUCCUCGAGCAGAUCAACAUUGCUUGCAACAAGAACUCCAUCCCUGGUGACAAGUCUGCUCUCACUCCCUGCGGUAUCCGCAUUGGUGCUCCCGCCAUGACCAGCCGUGGUAUGGGCGAGGAGGACUUCAAGCGCAUCGCUCGCUACAUUGACCAGGCCAUCAACAUCUGCAAGUCCGUGCAGGCCGCACUUCCCACGGAUGCCAACAAGCUCAAGGACUUCAAGGCCAAGGUUGCUUCCGGCACCGUCCCUGAGAUCAACGACCUGCGCAAGGAGAUCGCUGCGUGGGCCAGCACCUUCCCUCUCCCUGUCUAAGCGGUUGAGGCCCUAACCUUGGAUAUGAUACCAAUUUUCUUUUGUUCUUUAGUCUUUUAUUUUUGUUUCAUUACGCUUGUACGAGUUCAACAUCAUUGCGCAUAAAACUGGGUUGCGGAGUGCUUUUGGGGUUACGGGUCUGCUUUUUCAACCUUACGCGGGUCACGGGAUAUGGAUAUGCAUGAGCAUGAGAAUCAACAUAGCACUGGGAUGGCUUAUUCAACACCUUCUUCAACAGGAAAAGUUUGCCCUUUUAUAGGCUUUAAAACAGCCUUGGCUUCAAUGCCUGCUUUAUACAGAUAGCCUUUUACAAAUUAAUGAUAUGACGAAUGGAUUGACGUCGUCGAAACGUUCAACUACAUUAUGCCCUGAGAGUGUUUGAAUGUGUUAUUUUGGAAAUACUGCCGCACUUCUUCAAUAAUAUCAAGCCAAUAGCAGAUAGACUAUACUACCAUCCAUACAUAGCAAUAUGACUAGGUCCAAAACUAAAGCUCUGUCCUUCCCAAUUCAUCCUCAACAACAGGAGAAUCAACAAAUCCUUUAUCAAGCCAACCUUGCGACAUCAAUGCCGCUACAUUCUUCCCCAUAAGAGCGCUCGUCUCCAUUGUGGAGAUGAAGCUCUCAAUGCCGCCUGUAUACCAAAUUCCCGGCGCAAGAAGCGGAUCCUCGAAGGUUACGCGAGGGUAAAGGAAUGGAUAGGGGUGCCAAAGUUUUUCGUAUGACCAGCUUAUGUCUUCCUUGGGGAGAUCAGUAAUAUACCCAGCUUUCUUUAUCUUCUUUUGCUCUAGACCCAGAAUUUCUCGAAUAAAUGCUUC